AUGCUUUCAAACAAACAUCUAGUAACCGUAUGUGCCACUGCUUUUGCAUGCAAUAUGACAUUGCUUGUAAUCAUAGCAUUGUAUAAUGCACAGGAUAAAUGCUUUAUAACCAUCGAUCAACAAAAUGUCGCUGUGAACAUUCCGGAUACAUACCUCAGCGUGGGAAUAGAUGUUUCUGAAAUCCAAGAUUACCAUACGGUUGACUUCAGUAAUAAGCAAUUCAAGAAUCUCGCAUCUGCUUUAUCUCCCGCCCGAAUUCGGCUUGGAGGUACAAUGUCAGACCGUUUGAUUUUUAGCCCUGAUGAUAUUCCUUCAGUAUCCUGCAACCACUGUCCUUAUAAUACUGUAAAAGCAUUCUGUUCUAGUCUUAAAAAAGUCUGUAGACACAAGUUCCUCCCAUUUUUUGUUAUGACUGGCCCUAAAUGGAUCGAAAUCAACAAUUUUUGCAAGGACACCGGCCUCCAGCUUAUGUUCCCAUUGAAUGUACUACUACGUGAUGAUCAUGAGUGGAAUCUACAAAAUGCGAUGGAAUUAAUAAAAUUCUCAAAAUCUAAUAAAUUUGAUAUAGAUUGGCAGUUAGGCAAUGAACCUAACUCUUUUCGUCAUGUCUUUAAUAGGAGUGUAAACCCACAUGAUCUGGCACAAGACUUCAAAAAGCUAAGAAAACUCCUUAAUCAAUCUGGAUAUGAAGAUUCAUUGCUUAUAGGACCCGACACGACACGACCACAGGAAAGGCAGCCAUAUUGCCUGAAGUACAUGGUAGAAUUUUUGGGCAAUGCCUCUCAGUAUGUAAAUGUUAGGUCAUGGCAUCAAUAUUAUUUGAACAGUAGAACUGCAAAGUUAGAAGACUUUUGGGAUCCGGAUACUUUUGACCUUUUAGAUACACAGAUACAAACAAUGAAACGUCACACGCAGGAAUAUGAGUAUAUACCAAUGUGGCUAACGGAAACUAGUAGCUCGUAUGGUGGUGGUGCACCGGGACUAUCAAAUUCAUAUGCUGGCACACCAUUAUGGUUAGAUAAGCUGGGUCUUGCUGCUCGCAAUAACAUCACUACUGUGGUUAGGCAAAGCUUUUAUGGUGGAAACUAUAGUCUCAUUGAUAAAAACUUACAACCUUUGCCAGAUUGGUGGGUGAGUGUUCUGUAUAAAAAACUUGUUGGAAAUAAAGUGCUACGUAUAAACUGCCAUUGUUCUAGAUAUCAGCGAGUGUAUGCUCACUGUGCUAAUAGAAAGUAUACUAAUGACACCACGGCAAUAACAAUUUAUGCUGUCAACCUUGAAAUGAAGAAGAUGAAAUUUUUAUUAAAUGGAACCGCUUUAUCUGGAAAUCAUUUAAAUAUAGAUGAAUAUGUUAUAAGUGCUCCUCAUAAUGACAGAUUUACUAAAGUCAUUCUUCUUAAUGGGCAACCGUUGUACUACGAGUCUUCUACACCUGAUUUUGACCCCCACCAACGUGUUAAUGACAAUCACAUUCGGAUGCCACCAUAUUCUGUUGGCUUCUGGGUCGUCAAGAAUACGUCUCUAACAAUAUGUGAUUAA